AUGUCCAAUCCUCCACCAUCACUUUCCAGCAAUUGGAAGGCUCUUCAAAAGUCGCUGAAGCGUAAGAGCCCGGCCGACGAAGAGCCCGGGAAGCAAAAGAAGUCGCCAUCUUCGUCGGUAUCGUCUAAGCGCCCGAAGACCUCUGAUACGGCUACUACUACUACUACUACUACUACUUCCUCUUCCAAUAAGAAAUCAAUGGCUUCACAACCAACAACUAACGGCAAAAACGGCGGCAAACUCGUUCUUAGGACGACUGCCGUUGCGAAAUCUCAAAAACUGGCAAAUUCUGGCAGUCCGGUUUCUUCUACUGCGUCUGUUACGACCACGGCCACGAAUACAGUUACAGCUCAGGCCUUGACUUCCAGGAAAUCGGCGAUAGCAUGGGCAAAGGACAAUGAUCUAGAUCCAGAUGCUGUAGCCGAAGCAUUCUCGUCAACACAGGCAGUGACAUCGGCGAAUUCUGCAAAAUCUACGGAAGCGGGGCGGUACAUUGCUAUUGAUUGUGAAAUGGUUGGAGUGGGCCCCCCAGAUCAUGAACUAUCCGCACUUGCUAGGGUUUCGCUUGUCAAUUACAAUGGUCAUUGUGUACUGGACACAUUCGUGAAACCGAAGGAACGAGUCACCGACUGGAGGACGUGGGUGAGUGGUGUUAGUGCGAAGGAUAUGGCGAAAGCAAUGACACUAGAGGAGGCACAGAAGAAAGUGCAUGAAAUUAUUGACGGCAAAAUCCUCGUUGGUCAUGCUAUCCAUAAUGACCUCGAAGCCUUAUUUCUCUCACAUCCGAAACGGGACAUUAGAGAUACCGCCCGGCAUCAACCAUUCCGAAAGAUCGCCAAGCAGAAAAACCCCGGUCUGAAAAGACUUGCAAAAGAGAUUCUUGGGUUGGAUAUUCAAGGUGCUGCACACAGUAGUGUGGAGGAUGCCAGGGUCACCAUGAUGCUGUAUAAAAAAGACAAGAAGGAAUUUGAGAAGUUGGUGGCAGAGAAGUAUGGAAUUAUGCAAAAGGGUAAACAGAAGCAGAUGCCGAAAGGAAACAAGAAGAAGAAGAAAAAGAAGAAAAAGCAAGAAGAGAAAGCAGGAUCUUGCGCGACAAAUGCAGCGGAUAUCAAGACAGAUGAAAGCGGUGGAGACGAUGAUGAAGACGACGACGACGACGACUUUGAUGACUGGCUGGCAUGA